GCGCCGAGUGUUUGGCUCAACGCAUUGGCGUCUGUACGGGCAAUGCCGCGUUGCAGGGUGACGCCACUAAAGGAGGGGCGGCGCGUCUUGACGCGGCAAUUGGACGUGGUAUUGCACCCUCUUGACGCCCACGGCGUGGAUGCACCUUUUUUACCUGCGUACGAUUUCUUUGCGGCCACGCAGGUGGUGCGUCGCGUGGUCGUGACUUCAGUUCUGGUGGCGUGGUGGAAGCGGCUCGUCAUGCGAGGGGGAGGGGCGGUUGCGGGGUCUUCAACGGCUGCCACGUUGUGGGUUCACGGCGAGGCCUCAGUUUUUGUAGAUUGCUUUGUGCACCAAUUGGUUUACUGGUGUGGGUGGGUGGGUGUUUGGUGGGCUUCCUCCGGUGUGGGGGGAUGCGUCCGCUGA